CCCUAUCCUCUCUGCCCAUCUGUCACUACAUCCUUGCAGAAUUCGAGCUCAUGGGCUCCUCUUCCUUUUCCUCCUCCUCCUCCUCCUCUGAUGGAUCUUUAAGCACGGUCGAAAUCCAAGCAGGUUUCUCUGGCUGUUCCUCCUACGUACCUUCACCUCCACCCUCUUGCUACGGGAGCGCCAUGUUGGGAUCCCUGUCGUCUUUGAGGCCGAGAAGUCUGUUCUUCGAUGGCUUGGACGACGAAGAAGACGACGAGCCGCGCCACUUCCUGGACUCCUGCUCCCUCUGCAGGAAGCCCCUCGCCCGCAACCGCGAUAUCUUCAUGUACAGAGGGGACAUGCCGUUCUGCAGCGAGGAUUGCCGGAAGGAGCAGAUCGAGAUCGACGAGGCCAAGGAGAAGAGCUGGAAGCUGUCCAUAAAGACCUCCAGCUCGAGGAAGGAACAGCAGCGGAAGAUCGCCGCCGCCGGCGGUGCCAAGUCUGAGAAGAUCCACGUCAGAGCCGGCACUGUGGUGGCUGGGUGAUCACAACGAUGCAUCAGAAGCUAUAGUCGUUGUGCGAAGCUAAAGUCCAGGAAGAGCAAGAGAAGAGGAAGCUCUAAUGCUUGUAAAGGAUGAUGAGUUGAGGUUUUUAUGCCGUCAAUUUUUGUCUGGGUCUGAAGGAAGUUUUUCUUUGCUUUCCUACUGUUGUUGUUGUUGUUGUUACUGCUUGUAUCUGAUGCUUUGGCCUUCAAAGGGAGGAAAAGUAAUAUGAGGCUUCAAUAAUUUUUGUUCUGUUCAUUUCA